AUGGAUUGGAAUGGUAACCUUAGAGUGCCUUUCAUUUCUCGUCCCGAUAGUUCUUUCAGUGUCCUCCACAACUAUAAUUAUGAUCAAUUUCCAGGUUUAGAGAUGAGACAAUUGAUGCAGACACAACAUGCAGUGCUCCCGACGAUGGACAAGAACGACAAUAUAAAUAAUUAUGGAAACCAGGACAAGAAGAAACGAUUAACCAAUGACCAGUUGGAGUCGCUGGAAAACAGUUUCCAAGAGGAGAUUAAGCUUGACCCUGAUAGGAAGAUGAAGCUUGCCAAGGAUCUCGGGCUGCAGCCGCGCCAGAUUGCGAUUUGGUUCCAGAACAGGAGGGCUAGGUGGAAGACGAAGCAGCUUGAGAGAUUGUACGAUGCGCUUAAGCAGGAGUUCAAUACAGUGACCAGAGAGAAACAGCAGCUCCAGGAAGAGGUUUUGGCAUUGAGGGCAAUUCUCAAGGAGCAAUUGACAAAAAAGCAAACCUCUACAGGUUACACAGAAGUUUCAGGCGAAGAGACAGUCGAAAGCAUUUCGAUUCCAAUCUCAUACAAGCCUCGAGGGACGAGUAUUCGUCAUCAGAUUGCAGAAUGCAACUAUGUCCUAAACAUGGAAGACUAUAAUCCUAUGAUGCCUCCAUAUUGGGCUGCUCUCCCUUCUUGUCCUUAA